AUGAAGCGUGUCCGUAGUAAGAAGAUUGAAAGUGAAAAGAAGUUAGCAGUUCUUUAUGAAAGAGACUUAGAUCCAAUCAAACUACAAGAUUAUGCUGGUGUUAUAACAGCAACUGGGGUUGAAAAAGAAGAAGAGGAAGAACAUCACUUAAAAGAAGUCAUUCUAGGCCGAGAGAAGAGUAUUCCUACUCCAGCUGCACUGAAACUCACUCCACCACAAGUAAAGAAACAAAAGAUGUCCGGAGAAAGAUCAGAUUUAAGCCAACAAGAAGUCCCAGAUGGAUAUUUACCCGAUAUUGGAGAUGUUCCCAUUCCAGAUCUUAAUCAGCCAGACACACAAAUUGCCUUGAAAGAAGAUGCAGUUCCUACUUAUUUAGCUCCUUAUGUCUGUUUCCGUAAGCGGGAAGUAAAAACCCUGAGAAAAGCCCGUAAACCAGAUACGUCUAUUGAGAAGAUCAAGAGAAUCAAAGUUGAUCUACAAAUGAUCAAACGACUGACUGAACUAACUUUACAAAGAGAUACUUAUCUUUUACAACAUCUUAAUUCAAUCUUAUCUAUCUUCAGUAUUUGUCGGGAAAUGAACAAACGACUUGAUAUUGGAGUUCUUAAUAUUAGUGAGUCUAUCUUACGGGACAUUUUAUUCACCAAACUCCUCAGCAAAAACGAUCUCUUCUAUAAGAAGAUUCCUUCUUUCACUAAUCUCUAUACCUGUCGCAAGAGUAUUGGCAGUCUUCGUAAGCUCUUCAAAGCCGGGCCUUCACCAGAAGAUGCCCUAACCUUUAACAAAAAGCAACUUGACUAUCUCAAUACCUUCUAG